UAUUUUAUUUAUUGUUUGACUUUUUGGCUGAGGCCGAUGUUUAGAACUCGAUCGGCGGAAAGCCUCGUAAGGUGAAGCGAGAUCUUCCUUUUGUUACGUCCUUCACAGGGCGGGGUGACGUCACGGCUGACGCUGCAAGGGGAGGCGUCCCUGCCGGGAAGCCCCGCCCACUAGUGCCAUUAAUGUUAUGGGAGAGAUGAGGGCGGCCCGGGCGUCUAGGUGCUUCUGAAGUGUUGUGAAGUGCACUGGGCCGCUCACGCUGGGCACGAGAAGUGCCUGAAGUGGGCAUGAGUUGAGGCGCCAGCCAGCGCCUUUGGUGCCAGGGCAGGGACUCCCUUCGUCUCUAGCUUCUCCGGUUCAUUCCGUUUCUUACAAUAAUAUCAAUUUUAUCAACUCCUACGGGAGAAGAUCUCUUUGGAACUGAGAAAUCAUCAGGAUAAAAGAACAAAUAAAUAACUUACGAUUACUCGGCUUUCUUCACGGAGUGCACGGAAAGACACACUGGCUAAGUAAAGGCAGCGUCGAUAAGCAAGUCCAUAUUAAACAAAGUUUUGAGGUGUACGUUGAGAUUUGGUGCGACGACAACUGGCUUACUUGUUUCAGUUUCCUCAAGAUGCGCCUCGGACUAGUAACAUGGUGGGCUGCAGCCGUGGUGGGGGUGGUGGGCGGCGCUCGGCUGGCGUGGCAGCCUGUCAAACGCAGCACAGCCUCACAACCCGGCAUUCCCAUUCAGACGGUGCCGAAUGUGAUAUCUCCUCUGAAUAUGACUGCCGAAGUCCUGCAAGAAACAGAAAGUCCUACCGAAGCCACAGGGGACUUGGACGAGCCGGAGAACAAAAACCAAAUGAAUAUGGCUACCGAUGUCCUGCAGGAUACAGAUAAUCCUACCAAAGACACUGGGAAACUAGAUGAGCCGAAGAACAAGGAUCCAAUAAAUAUGACUACCGAAGUCUUACAAGAAGUUAGUCAUACCAAAGCCACGAGGGAACUAGACGAGCCGAAGAACGAUCAAAUGAAUAUGACUAACGAAAUCCUACAAGAAACAAAUCCGACCGAAGCCACAGAGGAACAAGACGAGCCAGAGAACAAGAACCAAACUAAUAUGAUUACCGAAAUCCCACAAGAAACAAGUCUUCUUAAAACCACAGGGGUCCUAGACGAGCCGGAGAAAGAGGACCAAACAAGGACAACUACCGAACUACCCACUACUGAACCAACUACCGAAGUCCUGCAAGAAAAAGAAAGUCCUACCAAAGCCACAGGGGAACUAGACAAGCCGGAGAACGAGAAUCACAUGGAUUUGAGUGACGAAGUCCUGCAAGAAACAAGUCCUACCAAAGCCACAGGGGACAUCGAAGAGCAGGAGAAUAUGGACCAAAUAAAGACAACUACCGACUUACCAACUACCAAACCAACUUCCGAAGUCCUGCAAGAAAAAGAAAGUCCUACCAAAACCACAGGGGAACUAGAGCAGCCGGAGAACAAGGACCAAACAAAGAUAACUACGGAACUGCCAACUACCGAACCUCCUACCGAACCAACUACCGAAGUUCUUCAAGAAACAAGUCCUACUAAAGCCAUAGAGGAAGUAGACGAGCCGGAGAAUAAGGACCAAAUAAAUAUGACUGCUGAUGUCCUGCGGGAAACAAAUCUUACCAGAGCCACUGGGGAACUAGACGAGCAGAAGAACGAUGAUCAAAAGAAUGGUGCUGCGGAAGUUCUGCAAGAAACAAGGCCUACUCAAGCCACAUGGGAACUAGACGACCCAGAGAACAAGGACCAAACAAGGACAACUACCGAACUACCAACUACCGAGCCAACUAUCGAAGUCCUGCAAGAAACAAACAGUUCUCCCGAAUCUGUAGGGGAACUAGACGUGCCGGAAAACAAGGACCAAAUAAGUAUGGCUGCCGUAGUUCUGGAAGGAGCCUCGGAGACGAAAAGGCCUACCAUUGCCAAAGGGGUCAUAGAUGAGCCAAAGAACAAGGACCAAUUGAUUCACUCUGAGGAGUUGCUGGAAAAGUAUGGCUACUUGGACUGUGUGCCAUCCGGCAGUGAGGCCAACACUCGCCUUCACCGCCUGCUGCUGUACCGCCGCCGCCACCUCCUUCCCUCCGGCCCUGACACGCUCGACGGCAGCGUGCCAGUAUCAGACAAGCACAUGUUAAUGAAGGAUCUACAUCAAAGGCAUAACAGUGAUGAAGAUGAAGGAUUCGAGAAGGCCAUAUCUGGGACCAGGGCACCUACUGAGGAUAAAUCACAACUAGGUGCAUCCAAAGGAAUUCUCUCCUCCUCCUCAAGGAAUCCAGACAAAGACCUUGUAAAGUACAUUGACUCUAAGCGUCGCACCGUCACUGUUUGGGACCCUUUCUCGGGCCACCUCCACCACCUCCCCAUCUGCUCACCCGGGGACAUAGCAAAGGCUGUCAGGAAGUUUCAGGACGUGUAUCACGUAGGCAGUGGGGGCACGCUGGACACACCCACCGUUGGGUUACUGUCGCGUCCUCGCUGCGGAAACCCAGACAACGUGAUGGAGGAGCCCGAGGCCGAUGAGGGCUGGCAGACGAUAUCACCCGGCAGCAGAUAUCGAAGGGGAGCUCCCCAGCACAGUGAGGUGCCAGGAAACGAUUCAAAAGACACAAACAUACCUCCCUACCAUGAAAUGCUGCACAGGAUGGCUGCAGAGCUGAGGGAGGCGGCAAACGCGCGCCAUCCCAAGCCAGAUUCACAUCAGGAGUGGGAGCCGAAUCCUCACGAGGCUUUGAAGCGACGUAAGCGGUGGCUGGAGGAAAUGAAGGGACGCUACGCCAGCGGCGAAGAAGACUCGCGCCUUGCCUCCUUGCUGUCCAGCCCCGUGGUGGCAAGGGCAUCCAACUCGUCACGUCGCGGCCGAGACAAGAGGUCAUUGUUCAGUUACCUGGGACGACACUUCACCGCGAACCUUAUCAGGUGGCGGUUGGUAACGACGGGUUACAGCUCCCAGCUGGACGUAGGGGCGCAGCGAGCCUCCCUUGCCCUCGCCUUCCGAAUGUGGUCUGAAGUUGUCCCGCUUAUCUUCCUUGAACAUUUUGCGUCCUCCACGGUUGACAUCAGCAUCGGCUUUGGGAAAAGAAGCCACUUGGGAUGCGUGACGGAGUUCGAUGGGCUGGGCGGCGAGCUUGGACAUACUCUGAGGCCAGCACAAGACGCUCAAAUCCACAUGGACGACGACGAGCACUUCACCCUCGAUUCCGACCAUGGCACCAAUCUUGUAAAGGUUGCCGUGCACGAAAUCGGACACGUCUUAGGUCUCAACCACGUAGCACAGCGAGACUCGGUAAUGCACGCCGUGUACGAACGUGUUUUGCCCAAUCAGGGAUUCGAACUGGGGUGGAAUGACCGAAAGCUGGUACAGAAGAUUUACGGGCCAUGCAUGGGCUCCUUCGACACUGUGUUUGACCUCCUUCGCUGGCGCGCCGACGGUUCCCUCACCUACAACACAUUUUUCUUCAGGAGGAAUCACUUCUGGAUGUACGAAAACAGGUACAACAGGACGAGGUUUGGAGACCCCUUGAAAAUACAGUUUGAGUGGGGUGGUCUGCCUGAUCAGCUGGAUGGUUACGCCCACGUGUGGACACGCACGCAAGACAUUCACCUGGCCUUCAAAGGUGAGCACUACUACGUGUACGACCCCCGGACGGAGAAAGUGACGCCCGGCUACCCCCGACGCAUAGCCCAUGACUUCCACGGGCCGCCCACACCCAAGCGACCCAAUGGACGCAUCAUCCCCAACAACAUCGACACCGUCUACUUCGACAAGAGAGACGGGAACCUCUACUUCUUCAAGGGGAAGAAGGUCUACGGGUAUGACGUGAGCAAGGGGUCGGAAGGGUGCUGCCUGCCGGGGUUCCCUCGCCGCGUGCACGAAGAGUUCCCGCCCGCGGCCGAGGACCUCCCGCGCCUGCCCCGGGCCCUCGACGCAGCCUACUACUCCUACACCGACCAAAAACUUUACUUCAUCAAGGGUCAGCGUUAUUGGGAGGUAGCAACUUUCCAUCCUCAUGACAAGCAACGUAACAACACUGUGGUAGGACCCUUUUCUGUCUACAAGAGGUGGUACGACAUCUGUGACACUGAACUGGAUCCCUACGAUGCUUAUACAAUGUUGAACAAUUUUCUCUUGCUGACGGUUGGCCUCCUAGCUCUCGCCCUCGCCUCGCCAAGCCUACUGCCGUCAGCUGAACGUGGCAUUCAGGAGGAGUGCGGGACAGCUGUGUGCGGCGCCGUGGUGACAGUCCUGACGCAGAGGCUGGCAGGAUGUCGCCUUCUGCUCGUCGCCUCACCCGGCAACACCGAGGUGCUCGCCUGCGUCCUUCGAGGUCUUCGUGAUAAAACAAGAAGAGGCGUUGUGGUGAUCCAGGACACCUCGAUGCUGUCCACUUCCCUCAUUCUGCCCCAGCUCUAUCGUGAUGUCGGGGCCGCCUGCUGGACCGUGGCCCUUUUUCCUGACAACACUGGCAGAGCUGAUACCCUCGAGAAUGGAGGUGAUGCCAAAACGAGCAUGAUGAAUAUCGACAGUAAUUACAAGGAAGGAAGUUCUUCAGUUAACAUCAUGAAGGACAACUUCUUCAUUGAGAGGUAUGAAGUGCGCCAACCGCCAGAUGGGCAGUGGGGCGUGAGGAACGAAAGUGGUCACUUUACUGGCAUCGUUGGAAGCCUGGAGCGAGAGGAGGCUGACCUUUCCAUGGUGCUGAUCCCGACCCCCGACCGCCUUAAAGUCAUGGACCACUCUAGACUUUACGGUGAAGGAACCUUCGUAAUCAUCUCUCUCAAGCCUCAGCCACCAGCCCCGACAUGGGCCUUCGUCGAGUCUUUCAGAGGUACACUGUGGCUGGAGUUACUGGCUGUUGCGGUGACGUGGGGCGUGCUGCUGUGGAUGAUGCUCAAACUGUGGGCGUCGUGGGGGAAUGAGAACAAGGUCACAUGGAACAGCUUAACGUCGAGCAUCUUGUACGGGUUUGGUGCACUCCUCGAGGACCCGCCCCACCGCCCGCCAACCAAUAUUUCCGCUCAGGUCAUGGUGGGGUGGUGGUGGCUGGUGUGCAUCAUCAUCACCGCCGCCUACCGCUCGGCGCUCAUCUCGCACCUCACCAUCCCCGGCCUCACGCGACCCAUCAACACCUUCGACGACCUGCUCGCGCUAAAGAGGUGGACGUGGAGUGCAGAAAUUGUAAUCUUAAAUAUGGCUGACAAGGAUUUCUUCCUCGACAGCCCAAGCCCUGUGGUGAGGGAGGUGUAUCGUCGGAUGGAGUUCUGCACCCUGGAGGAAUCCCUACGAAAAGUGCUGAAGGGCCGCCACUCCUUCAUCACCUGGAAGAACUACAUCGACGUCAAGAUCGCCUCGCAGUUCACCGACGCGAGGGGCAUCACGCCGCUCUACAUCUCCACGAGGCGGUACCCAAUAUUUGGCGGGUACUCGUGGGGCUUCAGGAAAGGUGCUCCGUUCUUGGACACCAUUAGGAGAGUGAAGCAACGCCUACUGGAGACCGGCAUCCUCACCUACUGGCUGGAGGACGUAAUUAAGCAGCGUGUGAGAGUGACAAGGAAGGACUCUCAAAAGGAACAGGAUGUGGCCGUCAUGGAAGCUCUGAAGCCGACCUCAGAGAGUGGUCAGGUGGUAUUGGGCCUCAGUCACCUGCAAGGACCGUUCUACCUGCUGUUCGGGGGCUUCGUCAUAUCAAUGAUUACAUUUAUGGGUGAAAAGAUAUUGACUGCAAUCCGUCCAUGUCGAAAGUACGUCACAUCCGGCUGAUUUCUGCAUAAAACUCAAAUCGGAAUGUAUCUAUGGCGCUGAAAAUCUGGACAGCUUAUCUUCAACUUUACUGGUUUAUGAUGCAUCGAACAGUAUCAGAUAAUAUUUUUAAUACUGUGAGCGUUCAAUCAAAUUUGAUAUUAAAACGCUUCAAGUAUUUUUUUUACGUAACGACAGUUGUAAUUUCUCUUUCAAAAAUACAUAAAAAAAAUAAAUUGUAUGUAAAGGAGCUGCCUCGUACUGGCUUACCGGCCUCUUGCAGACUCCUAAGUUCUUAUGUUCUUAUGUUCUUAUGUAAAUAUAUAGGUA